GUGGAGUCAGCACAGUAACAACGAAGCACGACGGCACCAACGCAUUUGCUGCUACCAAUAAGGCGCUCCUACGGGCAGUUGCCUUCAAGAACGCCCACGAGCGCGACCAGCGCUUCGCGAUGGCGGCCAUCGACCACUCCACAUUCAGCCUCGACACCGCAGACGGACAAACCGAGGCUGAGAGCACCACAGGCGCCCAAAUGGGCUUUACACUCUGCCCCAAGCAAUUCAACGACGCUUACAACAUCUACGUGGGCCAGUGGUGGGUUACCGAAAGAAGCGACCCCAACCAAUUGCUACACGACACUUACGACCCAAUAAGCGGAAAAACUCACGGCAUCGGCCUAAAUGCGUUCAUGGGCGGCAUUACUCACGUGCAG